CUAACACGAUCACUAGUCUCUUGUCGUUCAUCAGUUGUGUUAACGAAUUGGACAAUGGCCACAAAUGCAGAUGCUAUUCAUGCAAGAUUCAUGGAAAGGGCUAUUGAGCUGAGUCGAUUACAUGCUGUAGAACGAUCUGAUGGUGCUCCCUUUGCUGCAGUCAUUGUAAAAAAUGGGAAAAUUGUAGGUGAAGGGUGGAAUGAAGUUCUGAAGAACAACGAUCCAACAGCACAUGGGGAAGUUCAGGCCAUCAAGAAUGCCUGUAGUAACUUGAACUGUAACUAUCUUGAGGGCUGUGUGAUGUACACCAGUUGUGAACCAUGUUCCAUGUGUGCCAGUGUUGUUUGGUACACAAGGCUUGAAAAGGUAUACUAUGCUGCUACAAUUGACAAGCUUAACAACAUGGCCGAUUACAGUGGACUUAUCAAAGAUCUCCGUGUGAAACCCGAAGAGCGAUCAACACCAUAUGAACAUCUAAAAAGCCUCCACAAACUAGGCCAGGAUGUGCUGAUUGAGUGGUCAAAGGUGAAAUCAUCAGACCCGAUGCUUCAAGGACGACCAUAUUAAUGUACUCUUCCAAAAAAAUUACUCAGGA